CUCUUACCUCUUCCUACCACCUGUGUCUGCUCUUUGAAUAACCAAAGUAACUGUCAUCAUCUCCAACUACUGCGUAACCUGUUUCUUUUCCUUUCGCCGUCAUUAUGCAGAUCUUCGUCAAGACCCUUACUGGCAAGACCAUCACUCUUGAGGUCGAGUCGAGCGACACCAUCGACAACGUCAAGAGCAAGAUCCAAGACAAGGAGGGAAUCCCCCCUGACCAGCAGCGUCUGAUCUUUGCUGGAAAGCAACUCGAGGACGGCCGUACCCUUUCUGAUUACAACAUCCAGAAGGAGUCCACCCUCCACUUGGUUCUCCGUCUCCGUGGUGGCAUGCAGAUUUUCGUCAAGACCCUUACCGGAAAGACCAUCACUCUCGAGGUCGAGUCUAGCGACACCAUCGAUAAUGUCAAGUCAAAGAUCCAAGAUAAGGAGGGCAUCCCUCCCGACCAACAGCGUUUGAUCUUCGCCGGCAAGCAGCUUGAGGAUGGUCGUACGCUUUCCGAUUACAACAUCCAGAAGGAGUCGACCUUGCACUUGGUGCUGCGUCUGCGCGGUGGUAUGCAGAUCUUUGUCAAGACCCUGACUGGAAAGACCAUCACUCUGGAAGUAGAAUCGUCCGACACGAUCGACAACGUCAAGUCAAAGAUCCAAGACAAAGAAGGGAUUCCUCCCGACCAACAGCGUCUCAUUUUCGCGGGAAAGCAGCUUGAGGACGGUCGCACCCUGUCGGACUACAACAUUCAAAAAGAAUCCACUCUUCACCUUGUCCUUCGCCUUCGUGGUGGUAUGCAGAUCUUUGUCAAGACCCUCACUGGGAAGACAAUCACAUUGGAAGUUGAAAGCUCCGACACAAUCGACAACGUGAAGAGCAAGAUUCAGGAUAAAGAGGGUAUCCCACCGGACCAGCAGCGUCUCAUCUUCGCUGGUAAGCAGUUGGAAGAUGGGCGCACUCUUUCCGACUACAACAUCCAGAAGGAAAGCACCCUGCACCUGGUCCUGCGUCUCCGUGGUGGAAACUAAAUGAUCGACCAUUGUUUUAGAUCCCCCCCCCCCUUUUUUUUUUUUAUUGUUCUA